CUUGGCAGAAACAAAAUAUGGCACUGGAGGAAUACAAGGACACAAUAGCCACAGUGGCUACCGUAGUGACCAUUGUCCAGUUCCUCAGUGGGACGGACAUCUGCCGCAAGAUUGUCAAACAGGGUUCAACAGGGGAGAUCUCAGGGUUCCCCUUCGUAGGUGGUGUCUUCUCGACCAGCAUGUGGCUCACUUAUAGCUGGUUGUUGCAUGACCUUUCUAUGACAGUCACCAAUGGCGUAGGUUUUGUUCUCCAGUUCCUGUACUUGGCCAUAUACCUAAGGUAUUGCAUCUCCCCCGGUUCUUGGUAUGCAGUCAGAAGACAGAUGACUGUGCUGUUUGGUGUCGCUGGGGUGGUGCUCUAUUACGUUCUCUUCUCAGGUGUUGCAGUGGAAGAAAUUAAACCCAAAGUGGGCCUGGUGUGCUGUGUGGCAAGCGUGAUCUUCUGUGCGGCGCCCCUGAUCUCCCUUACUGAAGUGUUCCGCACACAGUGCACUGAGGCCCUGCCCUUCCCCCUCAUAUUGGCCACCUUCAUGGUCACGGGACUGUGGUGGCUCUAUGGCAUAACUAUUCAGAAUGGCUUUGUGCAGUAUCCCAACCUGAUCGGGUGUGGCCUCUCUGGUUUCCAGCUCCUGCUUUUCACCGUGUACCCAAGCAAGAGGAAAGGAUCUGCAAUGGAAUUAUGAAGAGCAAAAAAGAAGUGAGAAAUUUCAAACCUAUUUUGGUGAUUCAGGAGUAUGAUAAUGUUCAUAAGUAAAUUGUGGCUAAGAAUGUCAAAAACACAGGUUCACUUAGCCUUUUACAUACACACUCCCGCAUAUAUAGAAGCACCCUGUUACACAUGCACAUCAGCUCUAUUAUAUAUAUAGGAAUCCAUGGUAUAAUCAUUGUUAUUUUAUAUUAUCCUUUACCUUCCUUUUACCACUUCUCCAUUAUUGCAAAUGUUUGUAUUAAGAUUUUGGAGCAUUUAUCUAUAUUUUGUACCUUCCCUAAAUGUAGAUGUAUGUCACAUAGACUCACUUUUGUCUGAUGUGUCCAUUGUUCUUAAAUUUGUUUCUCUUGAACGCUUUCCUUGACCUAAUCCUUCUUCAUAAUCUCUUUUUCUUUGUUUCCUCCCUCUCCUCUUUUCCUUUUUAUUUUGUCUUAGUUCCCUCUUUUCCUUAUUUUUUUAUUUGCAUUUUUUCCUUUCUUUUACUUUACUCUGUCUUUCCAUUUUUUGUUACACCUAAUAUCAUGAGUGACCAUAUCAAUUUGUUAAUCUUUUUGUAACAAAUUUGAAUAAGAUUGACUUUUUAUGUUCUGUUGUUAUAUUAUAGUGGACUAUAUGUUUAUAAUAUAUUUUUGUGUAACUCUAUAUGUCAUGGACAAAUUAUACUGUAAGACCUGAAGUUUAAUGAGAUUAGAAUUACUAAACCCUGUGCAUGCAUUGUGAUAAAGUUAAGAGUGGAGGAUAUUUUUUGUCUUUCUCCAUGUCUCUCUCUCAUAUCUCUUCCUUUGUCUAUCAUUCAAUUGUGUAUCUAUCUUUAUUACCCUCUCUCUUUUUCUGCCUUCUGUUUCUGUCUAUCCCUCUCCCUUGUCUCUAUUUAUAAGUAUAGAUUUGUUAAAAGAAAAUGUUUAUAAGCAGAUUUGGUAAAGAAGAAAACAAGAUAUGUGAAAGUGUUGCCUCUUCUUUUUCAUUAUUGCUGCUGACAUAAACUUUUUUCUGUUAUAUUGAUUAUUUGGUCUCUGACCUAGGUACAUCGGAUACAUACAGUACAAAGAUGUAGGAUGUUUAGUGAUAAAGAUAUUCCAUAAAGUGAAGUAAAGUAACUUUGGAUAAAUGGAUUAAUAAAUCUCACCAUAAAUUCAUUGUCUUAUACAUUAAUAUUGGCUUGUUAUUAAAAAGACCUGAUUUUACAUUGUUAUUACUAUUAUCAUCCUUAUUUUGUAGUUACUGUUAUCCCAUUACCUAUUGUAACUUGAAUUUUAGAAGGUCAGUGUAAUUAGAGAUUUAUUAGGAUCAUUAUGGUAAUAAUUGUUGUUAUUUGUGAUAUAAAGAUUGUUGUUAUUAUCACUGAAGUGAAAUAUCCAUUCCAAUCUGUAAAGUUAUACAAUAGAA